CUUCCCGUCGGAGGCUCAGUGAGUGUUGAGACGCGCAGCGGACACGCGCGGAUGUGGAGAGGAAUACAGCUAUAAAGUCCUACCAAAAAAACAACAACGAGCAGAAGAAUGACUGUGUAGUGGUUGAGUGUUAUUAUUGAUUUAUUUUUGUGUUAAUUCUAUAAUUCCUUUACUGGAUAUUUUCCUUCCUGGAGUGCGGAGCGCAGGAGUAACGGAUACACCAUGAAGUAUAAACAGAACCAGAUGGCGAAGGCACUGUAUGACAACGUGCCUGAGUCCCCAGAGGAGUUGGCAUUCCGCAAAGGUGACAUCCUGACGGUGAUCGAGCAGAACACAGGAGGACUGGAAGGCUGGUGGCUCUGCUCGCUGCAUGGGCGUCAGGGCAUCGCCCCGGGGAACCGCCUCAAGCUUCUUAUUGCCCCCAUGUUCGAGGGCAAUACAGCAUCCACUCCCACAUCUUCACCAAACCUAGUUCACCAGCAACAGAGACCCCAGACUCCCCAAGGCAUCUACCAGGUGCCCCCCUGCCAGGAUGUCUACCAAGUCCCACAGAGGAGCGUGCUGGCUGUGGACGGAAUGCCGUCAAAAGUGACGACUCCGACACGAGUCGGACAGACGUACUUGUUUAACCCUUCCUCCAGCAGCACUCAAGACCUCUACGACGUUCCUCCGAUGAGAACUCAAGGGGUGUACGACAUUCCUGCCGGGAAAAAGAAAGGAAACCAUGCAAGUUCUCAAACCCAGGGUCUUUACGACAUUCCUCCGACGCAGGAAGCGAGGAAUCAGGGGGUGUACGACAUACCACCACCAUCACAAGGGGUUUAUCCUGUACCACCUGGUAAAACUAAUGCCGAUCAAGAAGAGGGCAAUUAUGACUUUCCGCAGCCCCACAAGAAGAAGAUGGAGGGCGUGUACGAUGUUCCGCCGAUGUCGCUGUCUAAAUCUGCCCAGUCAAACUAUGACUUCCCUCAAGGCAACUGCAGUAGUGCCAUGUACGACAUUCCAGCGAGCCAGAUUAACUCUGGAGCGUCCCAUGAUUUAUACGACAUUCCACGUGGGAUUCCGCAGCAAACGCAGAGCAGGGAACAGGAUCGUAACAGGGGUAUCUAUGAUGUCCCACCCCCCGAUUCUCGUGCUGUGGCUGAUGUGAGUGAAGGCAUGAACCGCUUUUCUUUUUCCAGCACAGGAAGUAGCAUGUCCACGUCUUCGUCUUCAGGCGGCUCUUCGGCAGAGGGCCGUCUUGUGCUGGACCUAGAUUGUGCCUUGCAAAAGCUUAGCCACAUUCAGCAAGGCCUGGAAUCGUCCCUGUCUUCUCUGAAAGCCUUGACCUCCUCGCCCAGCUGGAGAACUUACGGCUUCAUGGAGCGCUAUGCUAACGAACUGCGCUCCAAAAUGGAGCGCGUUCGAGGUGCUCUUGCCGAAUUCCUUGCUUUUGGGAAAGGUGCCUCAGCGAACGCGUCUACUCUGUCAGACCCGGUGCUGCACUCCAAACUGAGGAAGCAGCUGCAGAGGCUGGAGGACUCGCAGCAGAUCCUGCAACAGAGCCUGGAGAACAGUAGCUGGGCUCUUGCGACUGGAAAGCAGCAGAGCAAAAGUGACGAACUGGACCGUUUUAUUAUGGUGGCACACACACUUCCUGACGAUGCUAAGCAGUUGAUGUCCACAGUAAGGAGCCAUGCAGAGCUACUGUUCCGCAGGGCACCCAUAGAGGGCGUUGUUCAUCCAUUCACCUGCAACCCAAUCGAAGAGGAGAGCUACGACAGCCAAACCAAACCAUUCCCCCUGGUUCAGGAUAGCGAACAGUGUGUAAAAAGUUGGAUGGAGGAUUAUGACUACGUCCAUUUGCAGGGAAAAGAGGAAUUCGAGCGUCAGCAGAAGGCACUCUUAGAAAAGGAGAACAUCGUGAACCAGAGCAAGGUCAAACUGGGACAGGAACAGCUGAAUCAGUUUAAGCAGCUGGAGCGGGAGGUGAUCAAACCUGUAGAAAACGACUUCACACGCUGGAUCUCACAUCAGCACUCCACAGGCUCCUCCUCCCCAUCAGAUUCUUCCUCCACGUCCUCCGCAGGAGGCGGAGUUCACUUAUGUGGGCGGGACCGCCAGCUUCUGGCCUUCUACGGAGAGCAGUGCGAGCAGCACUUUGUGACCUUGCUAAACGCCGUGGACGCAUUCUUCAGCUGCGUGGGGGCCGGCCAGCCCCCGAGGAUCUUCGUCGCUCACGCCAAAUUCGUCAUCCUCAGUGCACAUAAGCUUGUAUUUAUCGGAGACACUCUGUCGCGCCAAGCUACGAUGCCCGAAGUGGCCAAUCGGGUGAUGGACUCGAGCAACGUGCUGUGCGAGUUGCUCAAAACGGUGGUAGGAGCCACGAAAGCAGCUGCCCUGCAUUACCCCAACACGCCAGCCGUGCAGGAGAUGGUGGAUCGAGUCACGUCCCUCUCUCAUCACGCGCAGCAGUUUAAAAUGCAGCUCUUACAGAUGGCCACGUUGUGAUCCGUGGGAAACGUGCUCACGUUUGAACUAAAAAGAAAACGUUCCAUCAUGUACGAUAUAUGUAUUACGCACAUUGACAAAUGCCGGCUUUGUAAAUAAUGUUGUUUCAGUAUCCCAUGUAAAUAUGUGAUUUAGAAUCGUUUUAUAUAAGAAGAAAUGCUAUGAAUAUAUUUGAAUAUAAAGCGGCUUCAGGAUGGAUUUUCGUUCUCGGUUUUUAACGAGCGCCUUAUAAAUUGUGCUCUUUCGCCCAGUAGAUCGAAGCCGCACCUGCUACUGGAAAUGUAGACGUUCUUUACGUUCAGUUGGUGUGAAAGUAAAAGACUAAUUUUA